AUGAAUCCUGCACCGCCAAACGUGUCUUCCUCCGGCGGCAAAUCCCUUAAUAUAUCUUCUUCACAUUCGCCCACCCAGCCGCAAAACAAUCAGAUUGCCUCUCCAGGCUUUGACUCUGGCUCGCGACGUGCUUCCAGCUAUUCUGCCCCCAUCAACGCGUCGGCCCGGAACAAUCAGAGCAACAGGAAGCAGCACAAGAACUCGAGGAAGCCACGGCUUGCGGAUGAGGAUGUAAUGGCGGAAUCCGGAGUCAUGAGAAAUGUUAACAGCCGUCGGGGCCAAACCUCGAUCACUCACCUGAUGAGCUUCGCCCUACCUCCUCGCCCUCAAGAUCAUCGAAACACAUUCAUACGUGGUACCGGCAGGGCCAAUACUUACGGGAUUGGAUCGGGCCAUCACUCGAGCGACAAGGCUAGAUACAUCCAUGCCAACUACAGAUUCAUUGUCAAGCCCAAUGGUGACUACAAACGACAGGCAGCGAACGCUGACCAGCAUUUGGAUUGGAACGAUGUGUUACAAAUCCUUGCAUCUUCGGUAUCACAAGAAGCAUCAUGCCCCAUCUGCCUCUCACACCCUGUGGCUCCUCGGAUGGCUAAGUGUGGGCAUAUUUUCUGUCUGCCAUGCUUAAUCCGAUAUAUGCACUCCACAGACGACACGAAUCCGCUGCCGGAAAAGAAAGCUCGCUGUAAGAAGUGCCCGAUCUGCUGGGAUCUGGUAUUCAUUUCGGAAACCAGACCAGUGAGGUGGUAUACUGGACAAGAGAGCCCACAACCGCGGGAAGGAGAUGAUGUUGUACUUCGGUUAGUCAUGCGGCAACCAGGAAGUACCCUGGCACUACCACGAGAUGGAGCCGAGUCUCUUCCAAAAACCGAGGACAUCCCAUGGUAUUUUGCGGCGGAAGUCACAGAUUACGCCCGGAUAAUGAAGGGCAGUGAAGACUAUAUGCAGGAGCAAUACGAUGCAGAAAUUGAAGACCUGCAACGCCAAGAAAACGAGGAUGAGUUGAUGUUUGGCGAAGAGCCCGAAUGGACAAGAAAGGCUGUCAAUGCCGUCCGAGAAGCGAAGAAGCUCGUUGAUGGUAUUGGCCACCCACCAGCGAUUGUGAAGCAACCAUCCGAAAAGAAGCCGAAGAAGCUGCCACCAAUUCAUUUCACUGAAAUGAAGGAGGAGGCUCCUGAGAUGUACUUCGUGCAGAACGCCUCUCAAUUAGGCCCGAGCAUGGUCCUCGGACCAACGCAACAUAGCGCCGAGCCACCGACAGGACCUUUUGAACCUCACGCCAAGCCAUCUCAUUUAGAAUUGAAGAGGAUGGGACAGAACGAAUCCCAUCAUCCAGAUGCUCCAUACUAUUUCUACCAAGCCCUUCUACAUUAUUACCUCGCACCCCUGGACAUCCGAAUUCUCAAAUCUGCUUUCGGCAACUUUGCCUCGUUUCCCUCUACCCUUCUGCCUCGAGUAGAACGCGUUUCGACUGGUCAUAUCAUGGAUCAUGACCUGCGCAAGAAAACAAAAUACCUGUCACAUCUUCCCGAUGGUUGCGAAGUUGGUUUCCUGGAGUGCAACUGGACUGAUGUCGUGAGCCCUGAGAUUCUGAACCAGUUCAAGGUAGAAAUUGAGAGGAGGAGACAGCGGAACCGAGAGAAGGAGAACAAAGAGGAGAGGGAUAGAGUUCGUGCAGAAAAGAUGGAGGACGAUGCUCGCUGGGCGAAUGCGCGGAGGAAGCGACCAAGCACUACCACCGAUACCGUUCCGGCUAACUCCUUCUCCGCUUUCUCCGCAGAGGAUUUUGCGCCUUCUUCGCUCGAUGCCAGCAAUGCGUCACCACCUUGGCCCACACGCCAGGGAUCUUCUUUCGGCCCUCUAGCUUCACCAUCUACGAGUCCAUCAGCCCCACGUACUGUGUGGGGUACUGCCAUCGUAAGCGCAGCUUCGCCUGAGACUCAUGCCCAGCAUGUCGAUCAUGAUGGUGACGAUGGAUGGCUACAAUCUUGGGAGCAGGAACUUCAUGCUGAAAAUGCUCAGAACGAGCUGAUCGCCCAAGUGCAGGCCGCAUCACUGAACAGUGCGGGGGAUAGUGCGAAACAGGGCACGCCCGGGAAGAAGAAGAAGGCGAAGAAGAUCACACUUAUGAGUACGACCGCUCGACGAGCUGCUUGA